AUUCAAGAACACGUUUGAUCAUACGCCCUUUCUACGGUAGGCAAGAUUGUCAAUAAUUUAACCUUGUUGAAUGUGCUCGAAAUUGAAGGAAAGGCGGAUAGAAAGGGGAAGGAGCUUCCCUUGCAUGCAUCUUGAAGAGUCGCGACAAGACACUGGUUUGGAGCACACUCCACAGCGGUCAGCCAUCCACCAAUUGAUUUGAUUACAGGCUUCUGUGAUAAAAAGAAGUGGCCCUCUUGUAUUAGAGGUGCUCAGCAUAUUGGAAGGGCCCUGACGAUUCCCCAUACAGCACACCAUGGCAGACGAGGAGGAUGAAACAACAUUGACGGAGGAGGAGCAGAGGGCCCUGGCUCCUAAAGCCACUGGCGCGCACAUCUUCUUUGGUUCUCUGGAGCACCGGGAAAAGGAAAGGCUUGCAGCUUUACAAAGGCAACCGGCCAAGGAGCAUGGAGCGGGCGAGGAACCUGCAAGUGUUGUUUUUGAGGGUGGUGCAAUGGAAGAAGAGGACGAAGAAGAGGACGAGGAAGCGACGGGGGUGGCGGCAGGGAUUGCUGCCGGGCACAUUUCGGUGCCAGAUGCAAAUGACAUGAUGGAAUUGCCAGAGGAGAGUCGGGCUGCAAAGGAGCGGCAGGAGAAGCUGUUGAAAGAUCUAGAGCUCGCUCGGCGUGCGGCGCGGUUGGCGGUCCCCACAAACGACCAGGCGGUGCGGCAAAGACUACGACAAUUGGAGCAACCGAUCACGCUGUUUGGGGAGAAAGAGAUGGAGCGGCGGGACCGGUUGAGGCAGCUCAUGGCGCGGCUGGAAACCGAGGGAGAGCUUCCUGAUGUGGAGGGCCCGCUCGAGGAGGACGAGGAGCCGUCCGAAGACGGCCAGCCCAAGGUGGAGCUGUUCUACACGGAGGGAUCCCCCGAGCUGCACGAGGAGCGGAAGCUCAUUGCGCGGCUGUCGCUUCCACGGGCAGCGGCGCGCAUCGCGGCGGCGAAGCGGCGGCAGGAGGACCCCGACGAGGACGAGGAUGCGGAGCUGGACGAGGUGGUUAAGACGAUGACGAGAACGGCGAUGCAGCUCAGCGAGCACGGCGACGAGCGCCCGGUAUCCGCGUGCGCGCUCUCCCCCGACCCGGGCGCCAGCCUGCUAAUUACCGGGGGGUGGUCGGGGCUCGUUAAAGUGUGGGGGAUCCCCCAGAUGGCCCAGCAGACGGUCUUCCGAGCGCACGCGGAGCGAAUCACGGACGUGGCGUUCCACCCGAGCCCGGCGAUUGGGAUGGAUUCGGACGGUCCGGAUCUGGCGACAGCGAGCGCGGACCGGACGGCCAAGCUGUGGAACCUCAAAGGCAAGGAGGUGCGGACCUUUUCCGGACACUUGGACCGGCUCGCCCGGAUCGCGUUCCACCCGUCCGGUAGGUACCUGGGUACCGCCAGCUUCGACAAGACUUGGCGGCUGUGGCACCUCGAAACGGGGGUUGAAAUGCUGCUGCAGGAGGGCCACAGCCGCGCCGUGUACGGUAUCGCGUUCCACGUGGACGGCUCCCUAGUCGCGUCGUGCGGGCUCGAUGCACUGGCGCGCGUCUGGGAUCUGAGGACGGGGAAAAGCAUCAUGCCGUUACAGGGACACGUCAAACCGAUCUUGGGGAUCGACUUUUCGCCCAACGGGUACCAUUUAGCCACGGCCGGCGAGGACCACACGUGUCGCAUCUGGGACCUUCGGAUGCGGAGGUCGCUGUACGUCAUCCCGGCGCAUUCACACCUCAUCACUCAGGUCAAAUAUGAGCCCUCGCAGGGGUACUUCCUCGUGACGAGCUCCCAUGACAACACAGCGAGGAUCUGGUCUGGGAAAGACUUCAAACCGGUAAAGACGCUUGCAGGCCACGAGGGAAAGAUCUUGGAUGUGGAUAUAAGCGCUGAAGGGCAGUAUAUCACGACAGCAGCUUAUGACCGGACCAUAAAAUUGUGGGCACCUGAUCACGAAGCCAAUGAAUUGGAUGCGUGAGUGCUCAAGUCACUUGAGGGAAUCGAUAGAUCGGCGCUUGACUAAAACAGAUUAACGUACAAAUUCCGCCGCCGAGUCUUGCAUGGAACACCUGGUGCCGGCCCCUACAAUAUAGCAACGCCAUGAGAGAUUGGGAUAAUUGCUGGCGUCGUCCAAUGUCACGAAUUAAAUCGUGCAUGUGCAUGCGGAU